GCCACAGCAGGCGGGCGGUACCGAGUGGAGUCGGCGGAGCCGAGCUCCCGGAUGUGGAGACGUUGGAGCGGCGGCGUGGGAGGAAGAUGGACGCGCUGGAGAAGGGGGCCGCCACGUCGGGGCCCGCCCCGCGUGGACGGCCGUCCCGGGGCCGGCCCCCGAAGCUGCAGCGCAGCCGGGGCGCGGGGCGCGGUCUGGAGAAGCCGCCGCACCUAGCAGCGCUGGUGCUGGCCCGCGGCGGCAGCAAAGGCAUCCCACUGAAGAACAUCAAGCGCCUGGCGGGGGUUCCGCUCAUUGGCUGGGUCCUGCGCGCCGCCCUGGAUGCGGGGGUCUUCCAGAGUGUGUGGGUUUCAACAGACCAUGAUGAAAUUGAGAAUGUGGCCAAACAGUUUGGUGCACAGGUCCAUCGAAGAAGUUCUGAAACGUCCAAAGACAGCUCUACCUCACUAGACGCCAUCGUAGAAUUCCUGAAUUAUCACAAUGAGGUUGACAUUGUGGGGAAUAUCCAAGCUACGUCUCCAUGUUUACAUCCCACUGACCUCCAGAAAGUUGCAGAAAUGAUCCGAGAAGAAGGAUAUGACUCUGUCUUCUCCGUUGUGAGGCGCCAUCAGUUUCGAUGGAGUGAAAUUCAGAAAGGAGUUCGUGAAGUGACUGAGCCUCUAAACUUGAAUCCAGCUAAACGGCCUCGUCGACAAGACUGGGAUGGAGAGUUAUAUGAGAACGGCUCAUUUUAUUUUGCUAAAAGACAUUUGAUAGAGAUGGGUUACUUACAGGGUGGAAAAAUGGCGUAUUAUGAAAUGCGAGCUGAGCACAGUGUGGAUAUAGACGUGGACAUCGAUUGGCCGAUUGCAGAGCAAAGAGUUCUGAGAUUUGGCUAUUUUGGAAAAGAGAAGCUGAAGGAGAUAAAGCUUUUGGUUUGUAAUAUUGAUGGAUGUCUCACCAAUGGCCACAUUUAUGUAUCAGGAGACCAAAAAGAAAUAAUAUCUUAUGAUGUAAAAGAUGCUAUUGGCAUAAGUUUAUUAAAGAAAAGUGGUAUUGAGGUGAGGCUCAUCUCAGAAAGGGCCUGCUCCAAGCAGACGCUCUCCGCCUUAAAGCUGGACUGUAAAACAGAAGUCAGUGUGUCAGAUAAGCUGGCCACCGUGGAUGAGUGGAGAAAGGAGAUGGGCCUGUGCUGGAAAGAAGUGGCCUAUCUCGGCAAUGAAGUGUCUGAUGAAGAAUGCCUGAAGAGAGUGGGCCUGAGCGCUGUUCCUGCCGACGCCUGCUCUGGGGCCCAGAAGGCUGUGGGGUACAUCUGCAAAUGCAACGGUGGCCGGGGAGCCAUUCGCGAGUUUGCAGAGCACAUUUUCCUCCUGAUAGAAAAAGUUAAUAACUCAUGCCAAAAAUAGAAAAUGUUGUAGUGUGAGGGGCAGGGAGAUUGAAGCCUUUUUCAGCCAUUUUGCAUUGUUUUUGAUCAAGUCCCGAAGUAUAAUCUGCAGGCGUGUGAUCUGAUUUGUGAGGUACUUUCCUAUUCUCAAAGCUGAGUUUUCUCAAAUCAUUGUUCCAGAAUCCACGACGUAAUUAUGUCUGUUUUCUUCUUGAUGCAAGGUAAUUACUGAGGGAUUGACCUAGUCUUUCUCCGACCUCUAGCGAAUGCAAGUCAGACAUCAUAAACAAUCAACUUUGUAUUGUGCCCUGUCAAACUGUGUUUGUGUGGUGUUAAUGAUACUGGGAUUUUAUUUAUUUUAAAGCAGUGUGUCUGGUAAGACACACCUGUGUUAAUAAAGUUACCGUUCACAGACUUGAA